AUGAGUGUCUCAGCUUCCAAUGGUUUAAAGCAAAAGUCAGCAGAAAUGGAGAACACAUCUAAGAGAAACACUCGGCAGAGGUUAAAACAUAAGACUACUUCUGAUAAAAAGGUGGUCACACCUGUUUCAAGUGGUAAGAAGGCUGGUUUAUCAACAUUCUCAAAUCGUAAGUGUACUUCUAAAUCACCCUCUAAAUCACCUGCUAAGCCAUUUGCUAAAUCGCCUGCUAAAUCACCUGUAGGCGCUGGCACACCUGGCUCAAGAAGUAAACAGGCUGGUUCAUCAACAUAUAAAAUACUAGGAGAAUCUGCAACACAGGGACUUCAUAAAUCUUUCAAGCAAAAUCAGUACCCGGACCGAUCGGCAAAAGAGAGUUUGGCGAAAGAGCUUGGAGUUACUUUCUGA